UUUAUUUUUCGUGAUUGUUAGAGAAAACAAGAGCUUAUAAAUUUGAAUUUGUAUACCAAAUUUGCACGUGCGACGGUGCCGUUUUUUCCCAGUCAAAAUCAAAUGAAGCAAAGUAUGAGAUAAAAAGCGAAAAGAAAGUAGAUAACCAAGAGGAGCCGGAUUAUUGUUGUGAACUGUGAUAGCAAUGGAGCAGAACAGAGACAAAGAGAACGUAACCCAUCGGUUGCUGGCAGCGAAAAAGAAAUCCGGCAAGUCAUAUAAUCAGAUAGCGGAAGAAACUGGCCUUACCAACGUCUACGUCGCUCAGCUCCUCCGCCGUCAGGCCCAACUAAAGCCCGAAACUGCCGCCAAGCUUCGCGCAGCCUUGCCCGAUCUUCCGGAAGAGCUUCUUGACGAGAUGAUGAUACCACCCAUGAGGUCUUAUAACCCCAACUUGAUCCAAGAACCCACUGUUUACAGGUUGAAUGAAGCGGUUAUGCAUUUUGGCGAGAGCAUCAAGGAAAUUGUCAAUGAGGAGUUUGGUGAUGGCAUCAUGUCUGCAAUAGACUUCUACUGCUCUGUUGACAAAGUGAAAGGCGUGGAUGGGAAAGAUCGUGUGGUUGUGACAUUUGAUGGAAAGUAUUUACCUUAUUCCGAGCAGAAAUCAGAGCAUAUGGUUUCAAGGCUGCACCUUCAGUAAUGGAAUGCACAAGAGAUACUGGUGCUAUUGUUUGGUUCUGUAUGAAUAAACAUUACUAUUCUAUAGAUGUAAUGUCUGUGCCUGUUGGCUGCAUUGUAUAAGAUAAAACUUAUUGUGCUUGGCCUUCGAUAUUGGGCAAUUAGAUUAUGGCGUCCAAGGAAUGAUGAUUCAGAGACCAGGAAUGAAAUGCAUAUUUGUUUGUAUGGGA